AUGCACGAAGGAUACUUGGUCGGCAUCUGGAGAUUCAGGAAUGUCUACGUUGGUUUUGUUAUCAUGUCGGCGGGGAGGGGCCAAGGCGAUUGGCGGAAACCAGGUACCGGCGGCAUGUUCGUCAUCGGUUGGGGGCGGGUUCAGGUCGCGCAGGUGGUUGUACGGGCGCUGGGCGGUCUCUUGGCUUGGGUCAGUGGUGGGAUUCCCUCAUUCCCUCCCAGGGCCCUCUCCAAAAUCCAGCGAUUCACUACUGCCUCCUUCUUGACUCCUCUCACUUUUCCUUCACCUUCCAACACAGACUAUAACACCACCAUGUCCGUCUCGUCGGGAGAGGAUACAGCCCCCGCAAACUCGAGCCCCAGCACACCCGAGAUGCGCCUAACCGUCCCCAACCCCGCUCGCAAGACCAAGCGCCGCAUCGCAGUCCUCACCAGCGGAGGAGACAGCGCUGGCAUGAACGCCGCUGGUAAGUCCACAAACAUACCUUGGGCUCUCAACAUCCAGCGCACUGUUGUGGCCCCCGGCUGCCUCUCCGUGCGGUUGUUCGCCAAAGCAUUGCCCGCGGCUGUCAGGCGUACAUCAUCCGUGAAGGCUGGGAGGGCCUUGUGCGCGGUAACACUGACGACCCGACCCCGGCCGCUUCCGUCCGGCCGUCGGCGGCUGCCUCGCCCGCGUUCGGUGCCGUCCCGCCCACCGGAGAACUUCCACCUCGACUCAAGCAAGUCGGACGCCGACGGGGGCGACGAGGCGCACGGCGUCAACUAUGCCGACCCCACGAGCAUUGCCGACCUGACGGCGUCGCCGCUGCGAUUCGGCUACGGCGGCCUCCUCCGCGAUGGUGCCGGCGAGUUUGACGAGGACGAGUUCCAGGGCGCCGUCAACGACCCGAACACGACUGGCAAGACCCUGCGCGGCAAGUACAUUGUGCGCGUUGGAUGGGACGACGUCCGUGGAUGGCUCGGCGACGGCGGUACGGUCAUUGGAAGCUCGCGAUGCCCCUCUUUCCGUACCCGUGAAGGCCGCCUGAAGGCCGCGCGCAACCUGAUCCGCUAUGACAUUGACUCGCUCGCCGUGUGUGGUGGUGACGGAUCGCUGACCGGCGCCGACACGCUCCGCGCCGAGUGGCCGUCGCUGCUCCAGGAGCUGUAUGACAAUGAUGUCAUCACGGAGCAGCAGUACGAGAAUCACCGCAACGACAUGUCGAUGACCGACCUGACCAUUGGUGCGGUGACGGCGCUGCACCGUAUCUGUGAGGCGAUCGACUCGAUCUCGUCGACUGCGUCGUCGCAUUCGCGUGCUUUCGUCAUCGAGGUCAUGGGCCGACACUGCGGUUGGCUCGCGCUCAUGGCCGGUGUCGCGACCGGCGCCGACGUCGUGUUCAUCCCCGAGAACCCGCCGCCUGACGACGACUGGCAGUCGGACAUGUGCAAAGUGCUGGACCAGCACCGCAAGGUCGGCAAGCGCAAGUCGAUCGUCAUUGUCGCCGAGGGAGCGAUCGACAAGAACCUGAACCCCAUCAAGGCCGACUACGUCAAGGACCUGCUGACCGACCGCCUCGGUCUCGACACGCGUGUCACGACGCUCGGUCACACGCAGCGCGGCGGUGCGCCCGCGGCUAUGGACCGUAUUCUGCCUACGCUGCAGGGUGUGCGCGCGGUGCAGACGCUGCUCGAGGCGACGCCGCAGACACCCUCGUACAUGAUCGGCAUUGCCGAGAACAAGAUCACGCAGGUGCCGCUCCUCGAGGCGGUCGCGCGCACCAAGGAGGUCGCGGACGCGAUCGAGAACAAGGACUUCCCGCUCGCCAUGUCGUACCGCGACUCCGAGUUCCGUGACAUGCUCGACGCGUUCCGUGUUAGCAGCUCGCUCGCCGAGUCGAACAAGGUCGAGGAGGACCAGCGUUUGCGUAUCGGUAUUAUCCACGUCGGUGCCCCCGCCGGAGGCAUGAACGCGGCCACGCGUCAGGCGGUGCGCUUCUGCUACAACCGCGGCCACACUCCCUUGGCGAUCUACAACGGUUUCGACGGCCUGCUCGAGGACAAUGUGGCUGAGCUCUCGUGGCUCCGCGUCGACAACUGGACGACCCGCGGCGGCUCCGAGCUCGGCACGAACCGCACCCUCCCCUCUGCCGACAUGGGGCAGGUUGCGGCCGCACUGCAGCGCCACAAGAUUGACGCCCUGCUGCUGAUCGGAGGCUUUGAGGCGUUCCACUCUGUGCUCCUGCUCGAAAAGGCGCGCAAGGACUACCCCUCGCUGCACAUCCCCAUGAUCCAGAUCCCGGCCACGAUCUCGAACAAUGUCCCCCUCACCGACUUCUCGCUCGGAAGCGACACGUCCCUGAAUGCGCUUGUGCAGGCGAGCGACGCCAUCAAGCAGUCUGCGUCCGCGAGCCGCGACCGUGUCUUUGUCGUCGAGACGCAGGGCGGCAUGAGCGGAUAUAUUGCCGUGCUUGGUGCGCUGGCCGUCGGUGCCGUCCUCGUCUACACACCCGAGGAGGGUAUCUCGCUGCAGCGCCUGCUCGACGACGUCGAGUUCCUCAAGGAGCGCUACCGUCUCGACGAGUUUGGCAAGUCCGAGGGCCGUUUGGUCAUCAAGUCCGAGAAGUCGUCCAGUGUGUACACGACCGACGUCAUCACCAAGAUCUACAAGGAGGAGGGCUCCGAGCUGUUCGAUGCGCGCUCCGCCUCGCUCGGCCACACGCUGCAGGGCGGUGUCCCCUCUCCCAUUGACCGAACUCGUGCGGCGCGCCUGUCCCUGCUGGCGAUGCAGUUCCUGGAGAAGCACGGGCAGCCGAAUGCGCAAGCGUACCACCCGCGGAAGCACGCCAAGGCCGAGCCCAAGACGGAGACAGCGGCCAUGAUCGCGAUCCGCGGGUCCAAGAUCGUCUACGCACCCAUGGACGAGGUGCUGAAGCACACGGACAUGCAGAAGCGGCGCGGGGACAACACGUGGUGGAGCGGCGUGAAGGAGCUCGUCGAGGUGCUUGGCGGUAGGGCCGGCGUCAUGGUCCACCUCGACAAGGAGUGGACGAAGAAGGUCGCCGAGCGCCUCGAGGCGCGGGAGAAGGCCAAGGUGGACAAGAAUGACAACCAGGGAAAUGAGGCUAACGCGUGA